AAUAACAUAUACAAACACGGCGAGAAAGCUUUGAAAAAAAUCUGCUUCAAUGGCGCCUCUUAAGAUAACGGGCGCUGUUGUCGCAGCGGCGACGAUGGUGAUGCUUUCUUACUGCUACUUGGGCUUCUUCCGAUUCUCGGAUAAGUUAGAAUCUUGCUCCUCCUCUAAGACGAAGACGAAGACGAAGACGAAGAAAGAGAAGCUGAGUACGAGAAACGGACUCGUAGAUGCCAUUGGCAAUACUCCUCUCAUUCGUAUCAAUAGCCUCUCCGAGGCUACUGGGUGUGAGAUUCUUGGCAAGUGCGAGUUUUUGAAUCCAGGAGGUAGCGUUAAAGACAGAGUUGCCGUCAAAAUCAUUGAAGAGGCUUUGGAAUCUGGUAAGCUAUUUCCGGGCGGAAUCGUAACUGAAGGUAGUGCUGGGAGUACUGCCAUUAGCCUUGCCACAGUUGCUCCGGCUUAUGGGUGUCAGUGUCAUGUUGUUAUACCUGAUGAUGCUGCUAUUGAAAAGUCUCAAAUAAUUGAGGCCCUUGGAGCUACCGUUGAGAGGGUGAGGCCAGUGUCUAUUACUCACAAAGAUCACUUUGUCAACAUUGCUAGGCGACGGGCUGACGAAGCAAAAGAGUUAGCAUCAUCAAAGAGAAGACUAGCCAGCGGAAUCAAUGUCGCACACCAGGGAAAAACUAAUGGUUGCACAGCUGAGGAAGAGAAAGAGCCUUCCUUAUUCUCGGAGUCAGUUACAGGUGGCUUCUUUGCAGAUCAAUUUGAAAACUUGGCAAAUUAUAGGGCUCAUUAUGAAGGUACUGGCCCUGAGAUAUGGCAACAGACUCAUGGUAACAUCGAUGCCUUUGUGGCUGCCGCGGGAACAGGCGGUACUUUAGCUGGCGUUUCAAGGUUCCUUCAGGAAAAGAAUGAAAAGGUUAAAUGCUUCCUGAUAGAUCCUCCUGGGUCUGGUCUGUACAACAAAGUAACAAGGGGAGUGAUGUACACAAGAGAGGAAGCUGAGGGACGUCGACUGAAAAACCCAUUUGAUACAAUAACAGAAGGGAUUGGGAUCAAUAGGCUCACUCAGAAUUUCCUCAUGGCAAAAAUUGACGGCGGUUUCCGUGGUACUGAUAAAGAAGCCGUUGAGAUGUCGAGGUUUCUUCUGAAGAAAGAUGGGCUCUUUGUUGGAAGCUCCUCGGCUAUGAACUGUGUUGGGGCAGUGAGGGUGGCUCAAGCCCUUGGUCCUGGUCACACAAUUGUCACCAUUCUUUGCGAUAGCGGGAUGAGACAUCUAAGCAAGUUUCAUGACCCUCAGUACUUGGCUCUGUACGGGUUGACACCAACCGCAGUCGGAUUAGAGUUCCUCGGCAUCAAGUGAAAUGACAUCUUUUAACAUUAAGAUAGGUUUCAGAUUCAUCAAGCCAGCAUUGUUGAAACCUUGCUGUGAUUUCGUUGGCACCAGGGUAACAUAUUCUUUGUAGCUCUACGAAGGACUCUACAUUUAUAGACAAAGCUAUGUCUGGAUUCAACGGAAGAAAGUCAAAGCAACAAUGCAUGUGUCUGACCUCUGAGACUCCCAUAACUACUACAUCUUACACACGUCUUCUAUAUUGUCCACAAGUCAUAUAUGACGUAAUGGGCUCCCUUACCAGAUACAGGACAACAUGUUAUCAUAAACCUGUCUUUGUACUCAUUGGAAUCUUGUCUUUGUUCAAAUGCAUUCGAUUUGAAAGGUCAUGAUAUAGAGAGUCCUGUUGUGUAAGGUCUGAUGACUCCAUGCGAUCUAUUUGUCGCGAUCAGUAUUGACAAUACUAUGUGAUCUAUCCACAAAUUAUUGCAUUCAUGUGUUUGUUUUUA